UGCCCGAUUUUGCUCUUCUUCUCCUUUCUUCUCGCUGCAGCCACUCGAAAGAAAAAGAAAGAAACCCAGCCAUGCCUUGGAAAAUUGAAACCGGAUCUGCUCUGCUUUGCUCUGUCCGCCGGCUGCUCUUGUUGUGGGGGGCGAAUUGCUUGGGUUUUGGUUCCGUGAGCUUCCCCCUGCAGAUCCCGCCGACCUUCCCCAAUCUGCUAGCUCCGGUUCCUUGCUUGUAAAUUCUGGUUCCCGAUCAUUCUGUCAGUUAGUGCGUGAAUUGAGUGCUCGGUUUUAUGCAAGUGAGGUAAGUAAUUUAUGCGGCGUGUUUCUGCUCCUCUUCUUCUUCUCCCUGUAGCUGAACAAGAGCUCCAGCCCCCGACAGCACCUCCCUUUGAGAGAUCGGUAAGAGAGCUUGAUUUUCCUUUCUUUUCUUGUUCAAGAACAAGAUUUAGGAGCUUGAAAUCUUUCCCCUUUGCAAAAAAUCCCAGAUCUACUCUGCUCCUUCCUCCCUUUCGUCCGCUGCUCUUGGUGUGGGUGUGAGUUUUUCGGUUUUGAUCCCCUGAAUUUCUCCUUCAUUCCCGCCGGUCUUCCCCCAAACUGCAGCUUCGGUUUUGCUUGCUAAAAUUCUGGAAGUGAAGUCAAGGAUGGGGAAAAACGAGGGGAAUGACAAGUUAGAAUGCUAGCCAUCUUGUAAAUUGAACAUAGAUUUUAUAUAUAAAUCAUGAUUUUGUAA